AUGGGCACAUUUUUCUCUGGGCCGUCGUACAAGUACAAAGUCAAUGUCGACGGCAACGGCAAACUUUUGCUCGCGCGGGGCCACACCAAACUGCUCAAGAAAUACGCACCCAACUUUACCGCCACGCGCGCACCGACGCCCAAGGACGAAGAGCUCAUGACGCGGUCGUGGGAAGUCGUUAUUGGCGCGAAAUUACGCGCCGAGCUCGAGCGGCGAAAGCUCCAAGUCAACUCGGACCCGGACGCGCCGCCCGAGUCAUCGGCCGUCGUUCAGUUCUACGACGUCUUCUUCACCAACUUGUACGCAAUCGACCCGGCAACGCGACCGGUCUUUCGUAAUUCGAUGCACGUACAAAGCAAGGCGUUGGUCAACAUUGUCGGUGCGAUCCGCCACAUUUUGCACUCGGCCGAUGCCACAAAUAACAUUGCAGCCCUGGCACUGCGCCAUAUUCAGUAUGGCGUCAAGCUCGAGUUCUUUGACAGCCUCGGCCUCGCCAUGAUUGAGACGCUGCGGUCGCUCGGCGGCAGUUUCUGGAGCGACGACGUUGGCGACGCGUGGCGCACGGUCAUCGCAUACAUCAUCUGCCUCCUCGUCCCACCGUACAUGGAAGGCGCCCGCAGCAAGGAGCACAGACACUUGACGAUGGCCACGUCGCGGUCUCGCACCAGCGCCUCCCGCGUCGCAGUCGGCGACACGCAUCCGUCGUUCAUUGCAUCGACAACACACCCCUCGACGACCGAAGUUGUCAGUUAG